AUGCUUGAGGUGGUGGCGCCGACGAGGCGGGAUGACACUGACUUCAGCACCAGGAUCAACAAGAAGGCGGAGGCCGCUCGACUUGGCAUUGAUGUAAAAGUAACGACUGGGUCGCGACCGGCUAGCAGCAGUUGUCGAUGUUGCUGACUAAAAUGGUCGUUUAUCUGUGGCAUCGCCUGCAGGAAUGUGCACUUGCGUGCUACAGGACCGUAAGUACAAUGGCAUUAGCACAAAGUUUUCCAAUGCCGUUCACAUGGCUUAUAACGAAGGCGUGAAUAUGACUGAUUGCGGGCUGACUGUAGGCUAUUUAUAGCAGUAUACACGGUGUACAUUUGGGUGCACAAUAAGCGUGCGGUGUGCCUUACGUCUUCAUAGUCACCGCUUCGGGAAUUGUUCAGCUCUUUAGAGAGGCAUGAUAAUGUAAUGGCUCUGCAUGGUGCUCAACAACAGGAUGACAACAUACAAAAUAUCGAGGGAGUGACUUCUGGACCCGAAGUGACAACUCUAUCGGAUUUGCAAAUGGGAGCCGAUGUUUUUUAUUUGUAUUUGAAGGGUUAGAGGUAGAGCCCUUGGUUACCCUAUUUAUAUACAGGGAUUGCGUAUAUUUGUACUCAAAAUAAGAUUCCAAACACUUAGAAUGAUAUAAAUUCACAAUAAAACAUUGAUAAUAAGGAACUGCAUCUGCAUUUGUCUCUGAUGAUGGGUUUGAACAGGAAUCACAAACGUCAGGUUAAUAAAGCUCUUGUCCCAUCGAUCGUAUCUCCUUCUUCAAGGAAUUGCAUCUUUUCUCUGCGAGCCAAUGCAGAAAGAUUGAACAUCACUGAGGGUUUCACAGAGCUGGCUGCGAGUAGGCAUAAUGUAAAAGUCGAUCUUUGUCGGAAAUUAGACGAGAAAGUUUUCUUUUAAACGUGCAAAUUGUGUCAAUCGUCACCCUCUCACUUGGUAACGAGUUCCAUGGCUGGACAGUCCGUUGGCUGGGAUAAGACUGCCCACGGUCUGGACGCGUGCGGUCACUAUUGACUUUUUAAGGAUGGUCACGAAAUUGGUUUACACGGGCGAACUCGAAAAGUCCUCCGUUCUCAGUGAACAACCUUGGCCACGGACAAUCCGGAAUGUUCAGAGCAGACUGCAGUUUAUUUGCCUAUAGGUAUAGGUAAUGAGCCAAGCACAUUCAACCUCUCCUGUUACGACAAAUACAGUUAAUAACCUAACUCAUGAAAUGCCGAGAUCGGUAUUUGAGUUGGUUGAACGGCAUAUAUUUGGUGUGGUUUUUUUGUUUUUAGAAUUGAUUGGAAUCGCAAAAAGCCUUUUUAUAAAAAAGAAGUAAUGUUAGUUUAUUUUUAAUGAGGGGAAACAGUCCAAUAUUGGGUAAAUUUUGUCGUCUCCGGAUAUCCACGUAAUUUCCUAUUUUAAUAAGCAUCCCCUGUUAAAAGCUCUCAUUUGCGCGCUUGACGAUAUAAAGGAGUUUCAUAAAACAAUGAAAAAUAUCAAGGAAGCCCACUUUGUAAACGGAAAUUGUGGCUUUCAGUUCGUGAAAAUAAGAUCGUGGCAAAUACGUAAAAACGCAUUAUUUUUAUGAAUCAAGAAGCCAUUUACACUUCAUAAACUCUAUUUAACGGAAUUGUAACGUUCCGUAUUAUUAAACGUAGUAAUCAGCUUGUUCGACAAUAUUUGUUCUACUACAUCAGGAAUUAGUAAUGCUUGGUCGUAUCUUUAACGCAGUAUACCUUUCGUAGAUGCGGGAUUGGCGUUUCGUGCGCUACAGAGAAAGGUCACGAACUGUACUUUAGGCCAUCGAACAUAUUCGUUGCUGUAUGUUGCACUUGCUCGAGUAGGUCAUUAUCCUUCUUCAUCCAUGGUGAAUCUGCUGGCAUUCCAUUUCCUGGUGGGGUCUUACAAAGACGCCUAAAAUUCUCCCGAUGAGUUUGGCAAAAAAUAUUUUAGAUGCGCGCCUGAUCCAGUAUAAAGUACGAGCUGCCUUCUGAACUAUCUUUAUACAGUGUUCUAAUGGCAUAAGAUUUGUGGUAGUUCAUAUACCCAGAUCUCUGUGUUUUUCUACAGUCUCCAAUGCCGCCCCAUUAAUAAAUUGCAAAUAUUUGGGGAGGCAUUUCGGCCUGUGUCUAAGUGUAGGACCACACAUUUGGACACAUUAGAUUUGCGGUUCAAAGCACAGUAGACAAUGUAUUAUUGAAUGACAGGUCUAUUAUAAACAGAAUGUUCCAAACCAGAGCCAUUUCUCUCGAAAUGACACCGGAUGUUGUAUGUAUAACGGAAUCAUGGACCCAUUCUCUAAUUCCUGACUCUGCCCUUCCUAUAGAUGAAUUCGAUUUCCACCGUAAAGACCGCACGACUUGGCGUGCGGGCGGUUGUCUUCUUUAGCUUAGAUCUCCUAGCAUUCAAAUUUUCGAAAACUAUAUCACCACAUACUUUAGGUGUCAUACUUAGCCUUCUCUUGCUGACUCCCCGUACGUCAAUAACUCUAGACUAACUGGUACUUAUUCUCCAAGUGUCAUUAAUUCACAGCUUAUAUAUCGACCUCCAAAUUUUUUUAAAUACCGUCGACAAAAGCGUUGCCGUUUGAAACGCAAUAGAUAUUGUGAAAUAUGAUAUAGAAAUAGAUAUGAAAUGAUAUGAUAUGAAUAUGAAAUAGAUAUGAUAUGAUAUGAUAUGAAAUAGAUAUGUGUGAAAGCAGCUUGGACCCAUUCUCUUAUUCCGGACUCUGCCCUUCUCAUAGAUGACUUCGAUUUUGACCGUUAAGACCGCACGACUAGGCGUGCGGGCGGUUGUCUUCUUCAUCUUAAAUCAUACCUUAAGCACUCUCCCUAUUAGGUGGAUGUUUCCUCAUUCACGGGAAACUUCCGCUUCGCAUCAGUUAUUCUCUCGCCGCAAAGAAAGGCAAUUACUGGCUGUAUCCACAAUCCCCCAAAUUCUUUAGCCAGUGAUGAUUCACAACUCUGUGAAAUCUUUAAAUUAAUUUCGGAAGCUCCUUUCGAUGUUAAAAUAAUUACUGGGAAUUUUAACCUUCCUAAAAUUGACUGGGUUUCCAAUAGCUGUCCACCUAGAUUCCAGCCCUUUCGAGAUAUGGCCCAUUUUUCAAAUUGGUCCCAACUGGCGCGCUCUCCAACAAGAGAUAAUCACAUUUUAGAUCUAAUCUUUGCCACUGGCAUUUUUCCUCUUUUUGUUCCUUUAAAAAGAACCUCAUUGACAGUGACCACGUAUUACUUCAUUGUUGCUUACCGCUUGCAUUUUUAAAAAACCAGCGCCUUUCGGAAUUACAUGAACUACGACUGCGUAGAUAAAGACUUAAUAAAUAAUUAUAUUAGAUCUUUAGAUUGGUGUGGCUUCCUCUUCUGUAUCGAUGCAACCAUUCUUCGUGAUGUCAUGUCCAAUUUUUUUAGGCACAUCCUAGGGUUUGUGCCGAGUAGAUAUCUCAAGCCUAAUUCUUCAGAUUCCCUUGUUCCUAAUUUUCUUCACAACAGACUAAAAAUUUGAGACGCAGCUGCGUGACCCAUCCAUUAGUUCCUUAUCAGUUCAUCGUAGAACCACAGAGAUAUUUGAGAUGCACCAAGCGCGCGAUAAGCAAAGAGAAUCACUUGCCCUCAGUGUUUCGAACCCUGACAUAUCCGUCGCUAACAUCUUCCGCCAUCGGUCCUCCUCUAAGCGUGGACACGAACUUCUUCCCCCGUUAAAUGAUAACAAAGUCUUUCUCAUCGAUGACACUGACAAGGCGGAGUUGUUCAGUGCUUUAUUUGCAAAACACCUUAAUACUGAGUCCGAUCCGGUCCCUUUCUUUCGCUCAAUUUCAGAUAGGACACUGAGUGCAAUCGAUGUCUACUCAGAUUUCAUUAAGAAACACAUAAGUCGUUUGAAAUACUCAUACGGCAGAGGAAUUGACAAGAUUCUGAAUUCGACCAUUAAACAAGCCCCCGACAUUCCCAUUUUGCUCAGUCAUUUAUUCUCGGUUUAUAUUUCAAAAGGAUUCUUUCCUGAGACAUGGAAAACGUCAAUUAUCAUUCCCGUCUUCAAGUCUGGAUCUCGGUCUGGUGUUAAUAACUAUCGGGGCGUGCACAAAACGCCGUCUCUAGCAAAGCUUCUUGCAAGGAUUAUUUUCAAUGAAAUUCUUGACUUCUGUCUAGCUAAUCGGCUUCUGAGCUCUAGUCAGCAUGGAUUUUUACCUGAACGAUCCUACGAAACUUGCUACUUGGCAUUUCUUAAUCUAAUCACUUCUUUUCUUAAUGAGCGGCAGGCAGUGGUAGUUACAUACUUUGAUCAUAGCAAAGCCUUUGACGAGGUGCCUCACAGACGUCUUUUAGUAAAAUUGGAAGCUCUCGGCAUCCGGCCCCUCUACUCGACUUCAUCAGGUCCUAUCUGUCCAACCGAUAUCAGAAAGUCAUGGUCGGUAAUAGCUACUCGACACCCCACUCGAUCACGAGUGGCGUACCUCAAGGCACGGUUCUGUGUUCGCUAAGCUUCCUCCUUUACACCGCAAUCGUUUGUGUUGAAGAAUUUAAUGCCGAUUCACUACGAUUAAGCAUAUGGGGUUGGACAUGGCACAUGGAGUUUUAUCAUCCAAGUGUAGUUUCAGGUCUUUUGGUCCUGCCAAACUUCCUAGCGUCAUUAUUUUUCAGAAUAACGCACUCUCAGAAUGCCUCAUCAUAAAGGACCUAGGUCUAAGUUAUACAAAUAAGCUUGCUUUAUCACCUCAUGCAGAUAGAAUCUCUGCCAAAGCCGCGCAGAUAUGUGGAUUCAUAUCGCAUAAUUUUUUCCUUCCGGAAAUGAAGCUAAGGCUUUAUCAAAUGUUUGUUCUUCCAGUCCUCGAAUACUGCUGUCCUUUAUUCGGUUUAAUGAACGCCUGCGACCGUAAUAAAAUCGAAAAUGUUCAGAGGGUUUUCACCCGGAAACUGUUCUCUCAAGCUUCGUCCGGUAUUUCUUAUACUCAGAGAUGUCAGAUGGCGAACAUUAAGUUUUUCUGGAUAAGGAGACUCGAAGCUGGCCUUUGCUUCCUUUUUCGCAUCAACUCUAGCUCUAAUCUUCCGCUUAUUGACACGCACUCCGAGAAAUCGGUCUUAUGCCACGCGCAACCCCUGCAUGGUGAUUCCGCCGCCUCUUUGUACUACAUCUAAACGCUCCCUCUUCUUUGCUUCCAAAUAUGCCUUCCUGUUGAAUAAAUUUAACCAGAAAUCAGUUCAUCGCCAAAGUUACUGGUAUUCAAAUCGAAAUUAGUCAAACAUCUUACACCGGAAAGCAAAAAUGCUCUGUUAACGGUCUCAUUCCCGAACACUCAGAUUCUUGACUUCGAGAAGUGUCCUCCUGGGAUAUAGUGGUAAACCACAUGGAAACCCUCGCUUAUGUCUUUACAACCCCCUCAAUUGUUCCAUUAGAAACUCUGUUUUGAAUUGGUUUCUAAAUUUACAGCUAUCAGUUCGCCCCAAAAGCGACGAUUUUGGCGGUUCGCUGCGUCGUCUGGACUCGAAGAGAUCUGUGGCCGACGAGUCUGGAUUCCUCACGUCUCGCCACUUUGACUCGAAUAACCUCAUCCGGUGUAUGAAUUCUGCCUCGUUGAUGUCUGUCAAAUCUUCCACACACUACCGCCUGCAGGCCAGACCUGUCUGACUCACCUUCCUACCCUUUUAUAUGUGAAUUUUUUCUCCUCUGGGGUGAUAGUCCCCCUUCCAAAAUUUUCUCUUCCACCUAUCAGGCAGAAAUAGUUUGGACAGCAGUGAAUACUCAAUGUACAGCGUAACGUAGUUGUUUGACCCCAAUGGCGGUCGGUCCUGCAUGCCAAAUACAUUUUUCUCCUUUCGGGUAAAAAUAAGAUUAAGGCAGAUUAUGACCUCCCGAAGGCAACCUUCUGGCAGAGAAGUUUGCCCGUUGCCCACUGAGGUAGCUUGUGAUUAAAGUUGUCUUGCGGCCUUUGCGCAUCCCGUGUUUGCCAAUUAAUGCCAGGAGCGUCAAAAUCACCAACGAUCAGAACAGCUUUCUGCUCGCUGGAUUUUUACAGUUCUGUUAUAAGGUUGACAUUUUGAUCAGAAUUCUAGUAAGGCGAACGGUACACUAGCGAAAGCGUCAGUGGCCGGACAUGCUUAGCAGAUAUAGUGGUACUUAACAGUUCCACAUCCCGUACCUGAUUAUGUACCUCAACCAUAUCGGUCAACUUGCAAGUAACAGAAAUUAUGACUCCUCCUCCUUGGCUUGGUCUACCUCUGCUGAAUCACUGAUAUACUGUAAGCGAUAUUUCCGAAUCUGCGAUACAUUCAGAAAGUCAUAAUGCCUGGUUUAAUCUCACCAACUGUCUCCUAGUUUGUCGAGUUUCUUGAACGAGCUUUGUACAUUUGCGGAAAUAAUCCGAACUGAUGAUUACAUCGGAGAGACCCAUCCUUCAGUGUGGCAGGUUUGGACCACAGAAAAGACUUCUUGGUCUGUGUUAUUUAGCCAUUUUUGAUUUUUAGCUCUUUGUCUCUUCUGCCAGUUAUCUCCUAUAAUUCUGUUCUCAGUUACCCAAUUUUCAACCAUUUCCGUGGUUCGUAGUUCGGCUGUAAAAUCUUCUUUUUGCGAGCUCCGUAAGGCCAUCAUUCAUUCUACAGGAGCACUUUCUGGGCUUUGUUUUCUAAAAUAACUAUUAGAGGUCUAGCGAGAUGUUUGCAGGUCACGAUCUGAGACUGCUUUGCCUAGUCAGAAGGCUUUUUACGGUGACGAUUUCUCCAUCAUUCUGGAGGGUACUGGUGUAUACAUGACGAAGGUCCAGAUCACGUAUCAUCCGUUCCUUCAGAACGCAAGACGUGGAAUCUGGGCACCCCAUAAUAAGUAUUUUGCUAAAAAAAAUUACGGAUGCACUCUUUACUGCCUCGUCCGCGCUAGGACGAUAUUUUGUCGCUGUGGUACUCCUGCGGAUGAUGGCGCACAGACGUUAGACGGAUUUUCAUCAAACGUUGGGGCUGUAGAAUCUAAAUUUUCGUAUUAGGCCCUGGCUUCGGCGUGGAAACCUCCACAGCCAUUUCCCUCCAUCAAUGUACUUAACGGAGAGUUGCCAUGCCCUCUUUCCUAAACGGACUGUUUAAGGCCAACUGAGUUUGCCUUGUGAUGAAGUGGACUGACAGCAUCCUCCUCCAAAAUAAGGGCGAGGCUUUCUUGUGUUUUCUAACAGAUCUUAAGGGUUUAGUCCUGGCUUUCCCAUUUUGGCGCUUAAUGAUUUCGUAAAUUAAUUGCCGUAGCAAGUGGUGAAACAUGACUUAUUUUUGCUGCAUUGGCUUCAAAUGCCACGUUAUUCACUGAAACUGGGUUUUCUGGAGUUUCAGCAGGCGACAUAGCCCCUUCCUCUACUUGAUUGCUUUGAGUUUUCCACGACUGUGCCUUCAUUAGUAGGAUAUUCGUCGGUUGUCGGUCGGAAAGUUGACGAACUAUUACGGGGCUUAUGCUACUGUGCUUCUAACUAGCCAGAAUUGUCAGUCAGGAGGGUCCGUUUCUCCUCUAGCGCGCGGAGUCGCCUGUUGAUUUCCUCUCAGCCCACAUAAAGACGGGCUGGCGGGGAGUCGGUCCCAUGUGUCCUUCAGCAUUCAAUGUCGUCUGGGAGUACACUGGUCCUUAUUUCCUAUCGUGUCUAUUAGAGUUUACUGUGCUUAAACCCCUUGGGGCCUAAUGAUCCCAACGAAUCUUUUUCACAAGAAACUGUUAGUGAAUUAAAAACCCUUAUUAGCUGCUGAAUAUUCGUGCAUGAAACUCCGACCGGGUAACAUUCGCUGAUUCUGUCUGCAUGGUUGGCCAUUUUCUCUAAAAAUUUGCUGGUGUCCAGCACGGCCAAGACCGGUUGCUUGGGAAUGGGCAACUCAUUUAACCAGAUUUCUAAAAAGAUUCCGUCGUCCAAAUGACGGCCGACGAGCAACGAAUGCAUUUGCCGCAUAAGUUGCCAAGGUGUUCAGUCGUCGACUUCCAGCUGCGUAAACAGUUCCCGCAUCAUGGGUUGGCUGAUUUAGCUGCACGCUGAGUCCCAGUGUCAUUGAAAUGAGUAUACGGUAUGGCGGCAGGAAUCGGGUCCAGGAGGUCCUUGACAUCAACGUUGACAUCUAAUGGGAGACUGCGUCACGCACAUGAAGCGCGUACGUUCACUAGUGAUACGGCUCGUCAUGAAAAAGCCCCAAUCUCCUGAAACCAUACACGGGCUUGAUCGGCGUAAAUGGGGGAAAUUUAAAGGAGAAGGUGUUAACGUCCUGAUAGUCUGCCAUGCGAUCUAUUUACAGGAAUAACUUAACUCUAAGUGGUAGACGUUGCGCUUCCUACAAAAAAAUAACGACGACUAAUGUGUAAAGGAAAAAUGGUUAAGGUAGAUAAUCAUACAGACUUAUUGCAGAUAGGCUGGGCCGCGAGUAAGACACCGGCUGCCAUGAUCUUCCGGUCCGGUCCCGAAUGAAAAGCGAAGGCGGACGCCAGUGGGUAGAAUGAUAUAUUCCGUAAAUAAUAACUGUAUAAAAAGUUGGAGAGAGUUAGCAGCCUAACGAGAGCACACUCGGCGUCGGUUAAGUGGCGUCCCAAGUGUGUGAGGGAAUGCGCCAAAGCGUAUUAAGGCAGGACACGUCUGACUGGGCCUUGGGUUUAAUCGACCACUUGGAGAGCUGACUGGGCGUAUGCCAGACAACACUGGUUCGCAUGUCCAGACACUUGCGAGAGGCCCAGUGUUCUGGCAGAAGCUCGGAGUAGGACCACAACAAACUAACGAGAAACGAAACGCUCUCCAUUAUCAGUCGUUGUAAUGUAAAUGUGAUGAGUAAAGUACAGAAGGUUCCGAGCUAAAAUCAGUGACUGGACCUUGUUGCUUGAAUAAAUUGACAUCCAGCAAGAUACGUGUGAGAAAUAAAAUUGUUUCGUGGCAACUGACUAAAUAGGAUUGGGGUACAUGAGCGCAAUCAACGAAGCAAUACUACUAAGCAGAAGGCGGACACAAAAACACACAUUCAUUCAAGCCGAAAUCAGGUGUGCAUAAUUUGGGUUAUUAAAACAAAAUUACUAGAAAAUUGAGGUGUGCAUCAAAGUUUAAAGUGAAAAUUGGAAGCUGUACUAGACCUACAAAUUCAACAAGAAACGCAGACAUCGGAACUCACGUUAGUGUGAAACGUCCGUCCUCGAUGAGGGUUCUGUGGAUGAGAUCUCAUUUGCGUCCUUAGGGGCUGCUUGGGACGGAACGUCGGGUGCUGGAGCACUCUGCCCGGUCUGCAAAUAGUUGGGGUCGUCUUUCUAAGUAUUCAUAAUCGAAUAUCAACCUUCAGGCACACAAUAGGACGCGUAAUAUACCAAGGUUUAUCUUAUUAGGGGAGAAAAUAACGUGGAACGAGGAGCAGAAGGAGGGGAUCGAUUAAUCCAACAAAACGAUAACUUCAGUUAUUCGGGGAAGGUGGAGUUGGGAGCUGCCAUCGGUGAGGGGGAAUCGUUUUCUUCGCGCGCCUCGACAGGAAAACGGAAGAAAAACAGGUACCGUCCAGACACCAGGCACACUUGCUCUCAAUUAAGUCCAUUGUCCCUCAAAAAAACCGUUCAUUUAUGUCCGCUACAAGUGUUUAACCAAUCCGCAGAUUGCCUGCGGGAUCAUUCUGCAAAAUUGUCAGUUAGUCCCAUUGAAACGAGUCCUUAAAAACGCGAUAUGCGGACGGAUUUCAGGGUGCUGAAUAGUGAUUGGUUGAACAUCUUUAUGCGAGCCGCGACAGCUUCUUAGACUAGUCUUGAGUUUAGAUUGUGUCAAAUUAUGUUUGAUUGGUAAUUCCAAUCACUGAGCGACCCGGAAGACGUCAUUAAGAAAACCGGUCAAGUGAGAAACAAGUGGUCAAAGAAGAAGUUAUUGUUCAGUUGCUAGCUUCGAAAGUGUCACGCGGCUCACCCACAACUUAGUGAGUUAUUUAGAAUAGUAAGCUAGCUAGACGGCUACUUAGAAUAGUCAGUUAGUCCGUUUUUCAGUUAGUUAGUCUAGUAAGAGAGUUAGUUUUCAUAGUGCUGUGAGUACAGUUAGUAUGCAGUCAUUCGCUGGAAAAUCUUCUCUAACUUUGCCCGAAAUUUAGAUUUUUCACGAUUUUUGGCUUCCAGUGGUCCGUCCGGGUUAGAUAUGGCGAUGAGGAUGUACCAAUCACUUAACUUAUAUAACUGGUGAAUUUACGACAAACGAUCGAUAUUAACGAUAGUCAGUUAGAAAUGCCUUUAAUUAAAGGCACUUUGUUACCGUAUAAUUACUUUGAUUACCGUAUUUUUCUGAUUUUCUAGCAUGUUAUACUUUGCCGUUUAUUUGUUUUAACUGACUAAAGUUUUAUUUGCCCAUUUACGUUUUGGUUUUUGGGGUUGCGCGCUCCAUUAGACUUCAUCCGCAAGUGCGUUGGUCAACAAAUCCCCCCAUUGGACGUUCCGGUAACUUUUUAACUUCGUUAUUUCAGUCCUUUUGCAUUGGAUAGUAAACGUGUAGUGGGUUCCCGCAAUACGUUUGAGGGUCAAUCUAUUGAUAACUAUUUAGGCAGGAAUUUUCGUGUAUCUCGUAAAAAUUAGACAACGGUAUAAACUGAAGCAGAGAGCAGUUGAUAGCACACGCCGCACGCGAUACGCAAGCAAUAAUGGCGAAGAGCAUGCGGCGUGGGAGCACUGAUAGCUACAGCGCGCCAGUCAAUGACUGUGAGAAAUCGAUAAACUCGCCUAUCAAUCAGGUGACGAGAUAGCCCAAUCGCGAGAUUUCCGCGAUAAGUGUAAUAUCCGAUUUACCUGAAGGUUUAGUCUUGUCUGUAAUGAGACCUUUGGAGGGCGGUUGGGGUUGCCCGUCUGAAUGGGUCAUAGUAGACAUAUCCAUUUCGGUUCUGCCUUGCAUGUGCUGUUUGCAAGUUCGACCACACGGAUUCCAACAGACAAUACCAUAAUUGAACUGUAAAUAACGCAACGUUUAUUAAAUCGAAGAUUGGGAACGGGACGAAUCGUGGGUUGGGCAUAUCUUCUGGUUUUACCUACUCCAUUGUCGUUCCCCCCUUUAUCAUUUGACCCCCAACCCACGAUUCGUCCCGUCCCCAAUCAAUUUAAUAAACGUUGCGUUAUUGACAGUUCAGUUUUGAUAUUGUCUGUUGGAAUCCUAGUGGCCGGACUUACAAACACCCCGUGCAAGGCAGAACCGUAAUGGAUAUGUCUACUAUGACCCCUUCAGACGAGCAACCCCACCACCCUCCAAAGUUCUCGUUACAGAGGAGACUAAACCUUCAGGUAACUCGGGUAUUACAAAGAGUGCAUCAGGUAGCUGUUCAAUGUUACUACGGGUAAUUGUUAUCUAGCUAACAUAUAUUAGCUGGAUAACAACAGAACUCAGCAUAAUUGUCAGUAAAAAACCACAAAGUAAUAAAACAUAGGCAAAUACGAGUUAGGAAGGCAAUGAGAUCGUUGAGGCAGGCACGGCGUGCGCACUGCAGCGUGAGAGGGCAAAAUGUGGCGCCGGGGAGAGCGUGAGAAAUGUCGACCGCCGAAGCAGCUGCAAUUAUACGCGGCCGUUCGCACCCUUCGUGAUCCCAGCGCAGUCGACCCAACAACCAGUUAAAUCACGAGGUCGCUGGAGACUCAUUACCCUCAUCGUGUACACCAGCUCGCGGCAAGCUCGCUUGCUGUUAGGUCAUCUUUUGCCGCGUUUGAGUCGAUGGCGACGGGAUUCAGAAAAGUCGCGAUGAGUGUGACCCCUGGGCAUGGGAUGUGGCUAGUUUUUUGACUCCGCCCUGGGUGCGAAGAUUCGCCAUACGGCGCUAUGCCUGACUUUGCUAUAGCGGCGAUUUGCUGUAAAGGCGCCUUCGCCAUACGGCAGACUGGACGCUUUUCACCGCUCACCCCUACCUCAAACUCCCUCAGUUCAUGAAUUUCGGUGUCCACGGAGUUACCUUACGUGAAUGCAUUUUUAUUUUUUCGGUUUUGAUAUUUUAUUGCGCAAAUAUUUAUUACGAAACGUAAUCAGGGCAGCAGAUCCGAUCGUCCCGACACAGUCUGUAACAGGAAGAAGGGGCCCGUGUUUGGCUCUAAACAAAAAGAGUACAUUUGGAAAAUUUUAGAACUGACCAUUAAAUUGAGGCGUAAAAGUCGGCCUAACACGUUGUUGUGCGCAUUCAACGACAUCCUCAGAAACCUGGUGGAGGCGAUUCGAGUUCAUAUAUCAGCGGAACUGCCACUGUUUCAUUGGCCGGAUGAAUACGCGGUUGGAAACGGUUAAAACUGUAGUCGAGCGUAUCUCUAACCCCUCAGUCUUCUAUCUGCGGAGUAGGUGUGCCAAUUGACCUAAAUUCGCUCAGGGGUCAGCCGCUAACUGACUACGAUCGAAGGCAAUCAUUCCUGAUGCGGUGAGUCUGUAGUGUAUAGCUGGCUGAAGCAGGCAUACUUCCCAUAGGUUGCAUUCACAUUUUGCGUGAUGCAUCACUCGCUCACGUCAACCGUGGGUGUGGAGCGGGACCCCAUUCUGUUGUGAUCUACGUCAUCCAUGCCCUCGUUGACCGCGGUGUUAAUUGGUGGUCAGGACGGUUUCAUGCCUUCAUCGUCUUCUUUUAAAUUGAUUUGCAACACCAUAGGAAGGGGGAGGAGCAAGUAAGUCUACAUGGCUGUUGACCCAGGGGUUAGUGGAUAUCCCCGUUUCUUGCACUAGAAUGGAUGUGUGCUCGUCGCCAUGUCCCAUGAUCCGAAAGUAACUGAAAUUGUUGAUAUGUCCCCGUAGCGCGGCACGAGUUAUCACGUCCGACUUUCGGUCUUACCUCCGAACAGCCAGCUAUGUUCAUGCAUUCGUAGACAUCGGCUGACUUCUCCUAUAUUAUUUUCUUGUCCACAGCUGCGCUGAAGUCAAUGUACAACGACCGAUCCCUCUUGGUUAUCUGUAAACACCGGGAAGACAAAAUCGUUUUCGAGCUGCAUCCCUGACCAAGAGAAGGCGCUCCCGGAUUAGUAACUAUGAACUGCAAGAAGUAGACUAUUUGAGAUACCUCAAGCCGAGAGUUCUGCCGAAUUGACAAAGUUGUCUCCAGAAUCGCUACCGUCUGCCGGAUUUUUUCAAUCCUUAGAUAGUGUCUAUAGACUCGACGCGACAUCUUCAUCGCCUCAAAGAUUUGCGCGUCCCGUCCAUCUGUACGGCUAUGAAGGUUGAGCUGUGCGCGUGAAAGAUGAGCGAAAACUGGGGGUAUCUGACCAACACUGCUCGGAGUGAAGUACUCUGAUUUCAUCUCAAGUGAGACAGUCCGCACUCUCUGCGGCAACAUCCCAAUGAUAUGCCAGGCCUUCAUAGAAAGGCGACUGAAGUUGUUUAGGCAUGUUCUUAUCCACCCCAUGGGCUCAGUUCUGUUACUCUCGACCCGGCGCCGUUUUCCGUAUGGAGGCAUCGAAGAGGGGAUCAAAUCAAGACCUAGUGUGACACGGUUAAUCACGACAUGUAUAUGGUUCUUGGGCCUUUGGUAUUAGAUCUCCGUCCCUGGAGGAGAUAAUGGUUCGCGCUCUUUAGAUCCCCUGCCGCAGCUUAUCACACAUGGAGAGGCACAGUCCGUAAUACAAUAGAGGCUGGCUGGAUCAGACAUGAUCACAGCAGUACCAGGUACAAGCAGGGAAUGGGGAUCCGCUUCGCACCCAUAGUAGCUCCGGGCGAUCUAUACAGCAGGCAAAAUGUGCAUGCGACCAGUGCGCCUACUCCGUACAGGACUCGAUGCUCUGAGGUUGAGUAUCCGAAGUGGAAGCCGAAAAGCCAGGAUGAAACUAAACCCAGUCUCACUGAAGAUCUUGUCUGUUUCUUCAGCGGUCGAAGGAGCUUAAUUCUUCCAUACACCCCAGUGGGUGAGGAUUUACCACCGUGAAAAAAGCACUUUACCGAGUUUCUCAUUCUCGCCGUCUCUGGCUUCACUCCGAGCACCACGGUCUUAGCUUCGGCGGGGUUGAUGUCCCCUCGUACUCUUGACCCUGUGCCAUGGUAUAUUAGUUAGGAUUGCAGCUUACCUUACGUUUCCAUAACAGCAAGGUUAGGAAACUUCCCCCUGCGUCAUUUCUGUGUGUGAAGGAGAUACUUUGGUAAGUGUGGCACACAAAACCUGUUCUGUAAGAUCGUAGCAGUGUCUUGCUGUAUUUUGUUGAUUAAGUGAAACAGUUCAGGAAGUCAUGACUGCAGAGUCACCAACCUGCUGGCCGCCUCUGAGAACCCCUUUGUUAGCUUCCGCCGGAACCAUUUCCGCCCAUCCUGGAGUGUAUGCACAAGAACAGGCAAAGGCUAUCUUUGCCCUGGCAGCGGCUUCGUCGACCUGAUUUUCACCCGACAACGGAUCGAGACUAAACCAGAAAUGAAUCUCCUGAGGGGUUCCUUCCGAUUCCACUCAUCAAGUUCUGACCAAUCUAUAAACUUCAGAAAAGUUGUUUCUCUCACCAGGGGUAUAUCGCUUCUCUCCUGAAUUGUUAAGAGGUCCUUUGCGUGAUUCGCAAAUAGAAUCAUCCAGUGGACUCUGGAAAUUAAUGGCGAGCUCUGAAGAGCAUAAAUUCAACCGAUUUGUGGUAUGAGAUCACGGGAGCCAAAAUUUGUCUGAAGAGUAAGCAUUUCGUUGUCAGUUAUUGCACGCUACAGUGCUGUAUUCAUCCACCUGUUUCCUUUUCACUGUGCUUUUCUAUGCGGUUGUCCUUAUGGAUUCAAGGCCUUUCGUUUUUGAGCGUGCCUAGGCUGAUUAAUAGUAUACUUUGUAAAAACUUAACCAAUUAUUGGCUACAUCGUUCUCAGGUUAUCUGAAUUUUGCAUGAAGCUAAGGACAGCAACGUCGAGAUCACUUUCGGUGACAUUAUUCUGUAGAAUGUUUCCCUCCUGCCCUGUUUGUCUUGGGGUGACCGACUGCCUUGUCUAUCACUGUUCCUCCGUGCUGCCGAUUAGACGGCGAAGGGCAAUAGCUCGCAGUAAAAAUCGCAUGCAGUAUGUUCUGUCUUUGACGGAAGUCUCGGUAGUAUCUCCGCGGGGUUAAACUAGAGGCAGCGUUAAGUUACGGAAGUUAUCGUCAAGGUGACCGUGCACUACGACUAUUAAACAUGACCUCGAUGCGCUGUUGACCGUUAUAAGCUAACAAGGCCCAGCCGGUGUUUUUGAAGAAGUCACUGUUUCCGAUCUUUUGAAAAUCUGUCAAUCGACCUAGGAGGAGACUACUUUCUGACGUACCUCCCAGAAUUCGUUGUAUGAAUUGAACUAUCACGUUUAUAGUCAUUCGAGUGACCAGGCGUGGUUAGGUUAAACCAGAAGAGGAUGUCCAACCCGAUAUUUUUCAGUGUUCAGGAUCUGAACCGAGGGAGACUUAACCGAAGAUCGCAAAGCGUAGUUUGCAAUCUUCUCAACGUUGGAGCUGGCUUAGCCAGUACUUUUGUCACCCUUAACUAGUCAACAGUCCAAAAAGGUAUAUCUAAAUCUUGAACAAGUUGACAUCUUGGCUAUGAGUCCGGAUUAAAUAAACAGGUAGCUUGUCUUCACAUAGUUAUGGGCUGUCAGAAAUAGGUAUAACUGGCAGUUUGACGUCAACUUUCCGACGUCUGGUGCCCGAAAUGUCUUUGCUCCCUAUGCCGCAUUUUCCGUAAGCUACGCGACCGUAAACACCCACGUCAUGACCAUAUUUGCUUUAUACACGUCAACACGGACUGACAACUGUUUAGGCAAUACCAGAUGAUUUCGAAGACUGCAGGCGUUUAUAUAUGUGUAUCGAACCAGGUGAGACGUCUUGCCGAGCUAUCUCAACACGGAAAUCCCCGUCACUCGGGCCGUCAGGCCAUAGAAUUCUUAAGACAGUAUUACCUGUUUUUAUGGGAAAAUUACCCUAACAAGCCUAUAUUAAGAUUCAUCGUGGGAUACUUUAUACCAGGACAGAGAUUAUGCUUUAUUCUGUUAUUUUAAAGCUUCCGGAUAGCUUUGGAAUUGGUAGAUUAUUCAUGAAAAUACUUCCUAGUGGACACGAACGGUCCGCAGAUCAAUGAGGAAACGAGUUUUUCCACAGAUCCAACCUUAUUUACGCAGGUUUAUCUACCGUGUCAUCUUUUUACCUUAACGACAGUCGAACUUUUUGUCGUAGUGAAUGUGCCUUCACGAUCGCGAACCCGCGCGUGCAUAUCUCCUCUGUAUUUCAAGAUUCAACUAGCGUUAUCCUCUUGGAGGAAAAAAGCUAUCUGCCCUAGUUCAACGCACAAAUGACCAGGUGUAGGUGCUAUACAUCAGACUGUAUUCGAACGUCACCGGCAUAUUUUUCCAGGCCAUUCUCAUUUUAAGCUUAUCGCACUACUUGAAAGCUCUCCUAAGAAGUGCACUUCUUCAGCAGCACAGUUUUCACAGUUUCUGUUUUAAAGGUAUUCAGUUAAAUGCCCGCUUUUAUCUCCUGAUUCCUAAAGCACUCUUUUAUUGCACUUUCUGCCCUAGACCCGAAUGUGGUUCAAUAGUGUUAGCCGUCAGGUACGCUGCGUGUUCGCCACACAGGUCCUCUUCAUUAUUGAUUUGGUGGCCACCGGCAGCCUGGUUAUCGCCGCAUCAGCCCUAGAACUGUAUAACAUUCUCUGGAGUUGUCCUGUCCUCAACAUCUACUACGCCGUUUCUUGGCUCAGCCUCGUACUUGGAAGUCUUAAGUUAUUGCUUGGACUAAGUGGAGCCCUGUUCCUCGCCAUCCAGCCGAGCUGUGUGGAUCCCAAGCUCUCCACCGUGGUCCUCGUUGGCCCCAAAGGUAAUCUCGGCCAGAUUGAUGCGCCUCAUUACCAACAUCGCCUUCGGUCCACAUCAACACCCGUCCACCCUUCAACCCAGCUCUGGACGUUGAGAUUGAAUCAGUCUCGUCAUUCCUCCUCUGCAGCUACUGGUGACGGUUUAUGUAGCGUUUGCAGACGGGGCUGCUGUUCCAGCUUAGGCUGGCUGAGACCCUGCGGUCUCCUUCUGGCCCUGAUCAUUGUUGGCGAACUAGUGGCUGUAUUUCUCACGGCAGGUUUUGAAACUCGGGCACUCAAUCCCAUCUCAGGUAUUCACAGCCAAAUGCAAAGCAUGUUUGUGGAGGCCAAGGCGGACUUACUAACAUCACGUCGGACCCUUGAGCCUGCCACCGACUGUUGGGAGACGCUCGAAAGGGACUUUCAGUGUUGUGGGGCUACAGGGUAUAAGGAUUGGCUGGUUGAACCAAGUCCAACUCAACCCACCACCGAUUCAAUUGCCAAUUUAACGGGUGAGUCACCGCGAGUGAAUAACUCCGACGAUGCGAGUUUUUUUUGCGAGAGGGAGAGGAAUGCGCUUUAUUUUGAAAUCAUAUGUUCAAAAUUUUCAGCAAACAGUUGGCUCCAUUCACUAUGGGCUGUAAAUAAGUUAAUAGAUUAUUCAAGAGUCAAAGUUUAACACAAAGAAACGAUUAUUAUGGGGAUAGUUCAAGUCUCAUGCGAAAGUGUGCCCACUAUCAAGAGUGUGCAUGGCCAUUUGAGACAAGUGGUCUCGCCUCUUAACUGCCAGUUGAUGUUCGUGGAUGCGUGUAGAGGCAAAUUUUCCCGUUUGGCGAGACCACUUGUCUCAAAUGGCCGUGCACACGGGGGAACGUCGGGGAAUCGACGUCGAAAAUUUGCUCAACAAAGUUUUCUCCUUUUCCCAAAGAACGUAUUUGCUUUCAAAUCAUAUUUCUUGGCAUGCCUGCAUUCCAAUUCAUAUGUACAUUUAUGUAUGGAUAUAGGCAAAAAUUCUGACCCCAGGUGUUAAGCUGAAAGAGGAAGAUAAGGCGAUCUCUGGGGAAGGUUUAUUCAUCCGACGUUUCGUACUUGUGCUCCAGCACAUCAUCGGAGAUAGACCAAGUGAGAAAUGCACGGUUUAAAUAGGCCAUCCGCGCUCGCACCGGAUAGGUUCGUCCUGCUCUCUUCCGGUUGGCCCUCCUCUCGCACGCAAAUGGUGCCUGAUGGCCUCGUAUGGCGCUGGUAAAUCAAUACUACGGUUGAUCGAGUUGGCGUCUGAUUUCCAGGCCUCGACUACUUCCCUCGCCAGUUUGCUUUCGUCUCGGACGAGCACUUGGACGCCGUCAGAGUCGAACUUGUGAUUAUUUUCCAGACAGUGCAUGACGACACACGAUCGUACAUCCUUUCGCCUUAUGGCCAGAGUGCUCAUGCAUGCGCGUUCCUAGGCGUUUGUCGGUCAUACCACAGUAGUUGGCUAGACAGUCUAGACAUUUGCCGUGGUAAAUGACGCCUGACGUGUCUGCGGGUGGUAGCUCGCCCUUGGGCUUCAUGAUUAAGCGGCGGAUGGUGGCCUCCGGCCGGUGUCCAACGCCCACGCUUAGCGGUCCUAGCACGCGCUCAGUGGCUUCGGAGACGUUACUCACGUAGGGUAAAACAUGGAAGAUUUCUGGUCUUUGUUUCUUCUCCCCGUCGGUCUUCGUGUGCCUUCGGCACAAGCAUUUGUUUACAUAACUGCGUGGAUAUCCAUUGGCAAGGAAGAGGCGCCAUAGGGUUUUACGCUUCCGCAGCUUUUCGGCUUCUGUGCUGCAGUGUGUGUGGAUGCGGCGAAGAAGUGUCCGGACACAACUGCGCUUAUGCGACAGGGGAUGGUUGCUGUUGUAAUGAAGAAUUUUCUCCGUGUCUGUCGCCUUUCGAAAGACACCAGUCUGGAGGGUUCCGUCUUCCUGCCUUGAUACCUGGACGUCGAGAAAAGGGAUCACUCCGUUAUUUUCUUCCUUCAUGGUAAAUUGGACUUGUGGAGAAACCGGGUCCGAUUCCCUUUUAAAGUUGUAUUUCGCGUCUCGGUGUAGGAUGUCAAAGGUGCCGUCUAUGUAGCGCAUCCAGAAUUUCGGCUUGUAUGUCUGGAAGACCCGAGUUUCCAGUUCCUGCAAGACCGCCUCGGCCAGGUACCGGGGGAUUAAGGACCCCAUUGGGUCUUCCUGGAUUUGCUCGUAAAUUUGACCAUUAAAUGUGAAGUGCGUGCGUAAACAGUAGUCCGGUAGUUUAAUCGCGUGCCUCCGCUUAAAAGAUUUUCCUUCUUCGUCGUACCUUCUCUUCAGCAGGUCAUCGAGAACUCUCAUGGCCAAUUCUUUAGGGAUGGAGGUGAAUAGAGUGACGACGUCAAAAGAUACCAUUAUUUCGUCGGGGGCUAUUAUGACGCCUUCGAGUCUUCCCAGGAAGUGUGUUGACGAUACGGCUGUUUUCUGAGCGGUCCAUCAGCUUCUUCAAUGUUUGGCAAGCCAUUUAGCCAGCCCAUAUGUGGGCGUGCCUUCCAGCGCCACAAUGGGCUGUAGGGGAACAGUUGGCUUGUGGAUUUUUGGCAAGCCAUAAAAGCGCGCUAAGGGCGCAUCUUGUAGUUUCAUCUGUCUCUAAUCCUUUUCGCAUAUUGCCUUUCGGCUCCUCAUCUGGUUCUCAUUUGGCCUGUCUCCGAUGAUGUGCUCGAGCACGAGUACGAAGCGUCGGAUGAAUAAACCUUCCCCAGGGAUCGCCUUAUCUUCCUCUUCCACAUAUAUAAAUACAAAUAUUCCGAAUGACAGAGAACACGCGCGGCCCAGGUAAUUGAAUAGAAGAAGACGGGAAGGCGAUCGCUAGGACUCACGCGAGCCCAUCGUCAAGGAAUGAAAAAACUGUACAACUCAUCGUGUAUUUAACUCAGCUCUGCCGGUGGUGACCUCUAGCUGCGCUGCUGAUUUGUUCACGCAGUACUUGAUAGGCGAUUGGCAGAUCGAUAUGUCGAUUAAUCGAGUCCUCAGUUGACUGCCACGCUUCCUGCAGUAGGCGAGCAACUCGGUCGUCCGACUGGCCAAAUAUUCUCUCACGCUCUGAAAGUCGAAGUCGUGUCCUGGCGAGGAGGCGGUGGCGGCUACCAAGGAGAGUUUAUCCUUCCGUCUCACAGCCAACUCGUGUUCGUACAAUCUCGUGCGUACCUGUUUGCCGGUUUCACCAACAUAAUUGGCUUGACCACAACUGCAGUCUGUCCGGUAAAUGACCCCGAUUUCUGAUUGAUGGGAAUCGGGUCCUUAGAGUGCAUGAGUUGCCGGCGUAUUGUUGCCUCAGGUCUGUGAGCGACACCAAUCCCAAAUUCGCUCAUCAGUCUAGCGAAUUCUUCAGACACUCCGGCAGAGGUGAGCUAAGUACACGAUGAGUUGUACAGUUUUUUCAUUCUUUGACGAUGGGCUCGCGUGAGAGUUCGAAACGUCGGAUAAACAAACAAUUGGUCCCAGCUAUCGCCUUCCCGUCUUCUUCUAAAUAUAUAUUUCUUUCGAAUUAUGAUUCUUGGGAUGCCUGUUUUCAAAAUAUAUAUAUAUAUAUAUAUAUAUAUAUAUAUGAGAAGAAAUGGCGAUCUCAGGAACCCUAGUUUUACUGUCCUGACGUUUCAAAAGCAAACAAGCUUCCAUCGUCGGAGGUGAGUGUGGUAUCGCGCCUAUGGUUCCCGAGAUCGCCUUUUCUUCUCAUUUAUGUUCGGGGACGCGCAUCUUCGCUUCUAUUAUAUAUAUGUAUACAUUUGUUAUUUAUGAUAGUUCCUAACUUUCCGUUUCUUUCCUUAAAUCCGUCCUCAGCGUCGACACCAUCGGCAGAGCACCAUCCCGACGCCGUUAUCAGUUUUUUGCUAUCUCGCUGCAGCUGCUUCUCUAAUCCAUCAAGUUUUCGUGAAGGCAACUGUUUUAACGUGACUCUGAUGAUUGAACCGAACAAUACGAAGUUUACUUUGCCCCUCUUCUCAAGGAGUUGUUCUCAGGUCAUAACAGAUAUCGUCCUUCGCGGUCUUACCGGUAAGACCCCUCAUUUGUAUCACACGGUUGUUAAAGAUUGCGUUUUCUCCGUAGACCCCUUUUUCUUCACCCGUUUUUGCGUUCUCUUUAGUCAUAUUUUCUUCCGUUAUUUAUUUUCCUCCCAUGUUAACGUAUUUCACAGUCGGUCUUCUCUUUCCACGAUCCUUUUUUAGCUCUCUUGUAUACUUUUGGUCUCUUUCUAACCUCUUCCACCACACGCAUGUCGUCCACCGGCAGUUGGUUUUGCCUGUUUGACGUAUGCAGAAUAAGGCAUUUAUGGGCCACGCCUAUAUGUGCAUACUCUGCUACAUGCCUUCCGGUCAGGCUUACAUUGUUUACAAAUACUAGAGCCUUAGUGAUGAUGCUAGGUUGCCCGUCAUAAUCGACGAUAAGCACGUUCACCAGACGAAGCUUGUUUUCCAAGGGGUGAGUAGAAAGCUUUGGUGGACCGUGCUAACCUGGGAACGGAUGUGCCCAAAUAAAAUUUUAUUAGCUCUGUUGAGUGAGAAUAAAUUGGGGUCUUUUACUAUUGUUAGUUUUAAAGGACAGCAGGCAGUGAUUGCAGGUGAUUAUCUGGCUGACUGUCAAGCAGGUGAGUUGGGUCUAACUGCGGAGCUACGGUAGACGGCAAGGCGAGAUUGGUAGUCCAUAGCAAUGUGCGUAGACCCAGGGUUCGCAACUGCCACGUUGGACGGUCAAUCCAUUAGAUCCAGAAUUGCGACCACAGGUGCCAAGGGAUAGGCGAUCUGCUCGUUGUUGGGUUGUGUGAGCCCGGCGGAUGGAGCGGUUCAAUCGGCGACAGCGGUAUGGGUGCGGAAUAUGCGUUCACAGCGUAGACAGGUGUGAAGGGGUUGGUCUGCUCUUAUGUCUUUCUACCUUGUAUCGUCAUUGGUGGUACUGCAGCGGAUGCGAAGGUGUCUCAUAAGGCCAUUGAGUGCCCUAAAUGUGUUUCAGCAACGAGAACAGGUUGUAAGGAGUUGAUCGCUGACAGUGUCCUUCCCCAGUUUUGCGUUUUUUUUCACUCCCCCUGGUCUCCUGUAUUCGAUUCGGUUCGAAGAUGAUUACGCUGUCCUUUAUGAGAGUUUACCACUUUUGCCGAUCCUGUACAGGGGUCUUUAGGUUAAUUCCCAGACAUCUGAGUAAGGCUUUGUGAUGUUUCUUCCCUCCUCGGAAUUGCUAACCCACCUGUAUCGGAAUCGCAAUAGAAGAGUCAUUUCGGCAGACGACAAUCUGAUAUCUCUACGGUCUGGCCGCUACGCCGAAGCUGAAUAUACAUCAGCAUUGCAAACAUAUUUGGUAUGUAAUUUGAUUCUAGGACCCAAGUACUCAAGGUCCGUUCGUACUCCGUCGCCUUUAAGAUCUUCCGAAGGCUGUUGGCGUGUUAGUGGUUCAGCUUCCUCCUUUGGUUGUGAUAGAUUCUUCAGGUCUCCGCACCAUAGAAGAGCGUUGUUGAGACGACUGCCGUGUACAUUCUCAGCAUGGUUUUGCGAUGGAUGCCACGACGAUUCCCCACCGAGGGGUGAAACUUACUGAAGACUUUACUGGCUUUGGAGAUCAGAGCUACAAUUUCGUCAUUUCUUAUGCUUUCGCAGACUGUGCGUCACAACUAGGAGUAUUGGCUAAAAGCAGCGGGGCGAUUUUCGUUGGCAGUAAUUGAGGCUUCCAUGUAUUCCGCGGUUGAUGUUUGGCAAAUGCUUUCUGCGUGUUAAUGCUUAAUCUGAGUUAGGCACACCCGGAGGAGAAGAGGCCCAGGCUCUACUACAUGUCUGACCGGGUUCUGUUGUUGGGUAUGGAAUCGUCGAUGAAGAAAAGGCCGUUCAUUCUGUCUUUGAAGAUUUCGGCAAAAGCGCGCACAUGAAGGAUGUUUAAGAGCCCCCCCCUCGUUUCAGUAGUUCAUGUCGGUGCCUAGCCAGUCGUCGUGUUAGGCCUUUUUCAUCCCUAAAAGCGGCGUGAGAUUGAAACAUGUUGGGGCGGGUAUGCGACCCCGCUUUAUUCCAUUUGUCAUCCUAAGUGCUUUUGAGACAGAUCCACUGUCGCGCCCCGUUAUGCAGAUAUCUGAUGAUCUGCGUGAAUCAUUUUGACCAUCCGGACUCUUUUACUAUCCCGGUUUACUGUGCCGAAGACCAUUGUGAUCUCAAAAAAAGUUGCGUAGAGGUUAGCCCUUGCCUCUUGAAAUCUUUCUUACAGUUGGCAAGCUGCGAAGAUCAUGUCACCUUUCUCGCAAUGUUUCCAGAAUACACCGUAAGUUAUCGGCGGAGGCCUUCCUUAGGUAUACAGUUAGGUUAAUGCGGAGAUUGCAGUCAAAGGUUUUACCAGCAGUACUUGGAGAGGUGAACAAGCGGUGAUGGUUGUAGACUCGUUAGUUGCCUUUUCGCUUGUGUACAGACAGACACUGAUGAUGUCAUUACAAUUGUGAGCUUUCGUGGUGUGCACGACCCUACACUAUAUCCAUUGCUUUUAUGACCGUUGUGGUCCCAUGUGAACUGAGCAGCGACGCAUUUGCGACUGCCGGGGGCCGUAGUCCGGUUUGAUGGACGCGAAUCGGUCUCUUAUCUGAGUUCGGUCGGCGUAUCCUUUGACCUCCUCAGUUUCGUGAGCCAGCCAGUUGCUUUACACCUUCCGCAAUAGCCUACAUCAGAUAGUGGAGUCUUGUAGUCGACAGAUCCAUGUUGUACUUGUCCUUCAUGCCGUCAGGAAUUGGUAUCGUCGACGCGUCACGACUGAUGACGGCCAUGAAUCUCUUCCGUUAGUGUCCAAACCGCAUUAUGCUGGUGUGGUCAUUGAUUCCGGGCGGUCGGUAGGACGGCUUCAGUCUCCGUUGACUUGAGGGCCUUAGUCUGAUUUGAUGGCCGUAAAGAAAUUCUUCAUCCCACCGCACCAAGCUUAUUCUUUGAAAUUUCCUUACCUGGAAUGCCAGUUCGCUGUUUUACAUUUCCCGCAGUACAUGUAGCAAUUUUCCUCGGCAUCUGAGGAAUGCGGCUUUGUUUGCGGAUGUCCUGUUAUUCACUCAAGUCCUAUAGAGAGUACUAUCGAAGUGCAGUCUCUGUAUUCCUCCGUUCUUAUCAUCAAAUAAGUCUUCAUAUUGUCGGUGUGCGGAUCCGUAAUUCAGCAAUUGUCAGACUUUGAGUCUCUGUGGAGGGAGUGCCGAUUACUGAUAGUUUCCAUAGAUGAGAUGUUGCAUUCAAAGCCAAGGCAGACCGGAAUGGCCAUCAUCAGCCAGUCAUACCCAACCCCAAGUGUGGAUCACUUGGGAUUCGAACCCAGGAUUUUUGGUCAUGGUGUUUGACGCUCUACCAUGGAGCCACAGGACCGUUGUCCUGUCGGUUGUGAUCGGGAAUAUCAGUUAUGACAGUGGGCCCUCACCGAUCAGGUUACGGAGCAUGCUUGCUGUACGACUGCGUGCGAGGGUUCUAGUAGGAGUCCCAAGGCACAACGGAAAGAGCAUGUUCCUUAACCUGAUCAGUGAGCGCCCACUGUCAUAAUUGAUAGUUUGGUUUUGGCAAGGGCGAUGCCAGUGUCUCAUUAGGAGUUUGUCCUACUGUUUUACCAACAUUUCCUUAUUUCGAGGACCGACUGUCACCUGUUCACGUUGUACUAAGCCGAUUCGCUGGCGGCCGCAGCUGUCCUUCUAGGUUUGCUGGCUGUUGCGUUGUCAUGGUGUAAACGUACAUUUAGAGGUUUCAGAGUGGAGGGCGUCACUGUUGGAGAUGGAUGCUGACGGGGUGGGACUGCACGGGUUACAGCUUUGUAGAUUCAAACAUGAGAGCCUCGUGCUUGGGGGGACGGAAGGGUGGCGUGCAGAGCAACCAUCUCGUGCACUCAGUACAUCUUGUUUCGGCGAUCGCAUCUUGAAUUCCAUCUAGAUACAAUGCUAAUCCAACAGAAUGGACUCUCCGGCGUUUACAGUGAACACAGUGAUACGGGCAAAGGUGUAAUGAGGUGCAUGGUUUUGGCGUUAUCAUCCCGGAAGUCGCUCACGUGCAGUAAUCCCUACUAGAAGUUUGCCCUGCCACAAAAUGAUCGUCCCAUUAACGAACAAAGGAACAGGAACACUUAAUAGGAGACUUGCUGAUUGAACUGCCUUCCGGUCAAGACGGGCAUUAUUAGAGGGUAGGCCACACGGAGGUGGCGCUGACCGGUGUAUUCUGACUGAGGGGAAGUAAUCGGGAAUUCCAUUCGGCCCUUAAGCCCCAGGCUAGGACCCUCGCAGGCUUUCUUGCCGUUAUCGAUCAGUUAGCCAUAGCCCAAUCCCAGGAUGGAACACUCCAGUGCUGUGCAACAGGGUUCUGUACUACUAGAGCUCCAGGACGGAACAAGAGGCCUUAAUUUUGUCUUGCGUCAGGACUAGACAGACGACGAAUAUUCUCAAUCGUUGGGCAUAGUUUUGGACCGUUGACACUGACGAAGGAGGCGUUUCCAAUCAAAACGCAAGUUCAAAACCAAGUCUGUUGGUAAUUCGUUGAGCCUCUUGGUCGCUUUCCGGCUCAAUGCGGUUGGUCGCGAAAAUUUUGUCGAAGUUUUGCUCAAUGCAACCCAGUCUGCUUUAGACUGCUUUAGACAUCACUAUCAUCGCUGAGAAUCUCUGUCAGUUCUUUGGCGGCCCUAAGAUGCAGCCAACUUCCCAAUCGACCACCGGCGCAUGUGGCGGCCAUGUCCAUGUACAACUGCAAUGCUGUGCGCCCUUUAGCGGCACCACACUGACCGCCAUCUGCUACCUUACAAAGUCCAUCCUCUACGUACCUCGCCUCGACUUGAUCGAACAACUUUAUUUGACCGCUAUUCAUUUCCGCGUUGUUUGCAGUCAGGUGCAGUUUCCUGCUGUGUCUUCGGAUCACAUCAGGGACAUUCUCCAACGGUUCGCUCCCGCGGUUAGAGCGUUAGCUUUGCUCAAGCCCUGCUCUUCUGUCGCGCGUAUUAAUCCCACCAAGGCAACAGAGUUUUUUUUAUCAAAUGGAUCAGUUUAGAGGAAGGUGAUACCACAGUAACAGCACAGGUACCAGCCAAAAGCCCAUACACGCGUGCCUCGCCGAUAUUCUGCCGCUGCAUGGCGCAGCUGCGAGGGGUUCGGCUCGUCAGUGGGUCCCCUAAAGUAUACUACCAGCUGCCUGUCGGCAGUUAAUGAAUAUUACGCGGUUACCCACUGUGGCUGAUAGACCUUGGCCCAAAUAUUCAUGUAUAAAACUCUCGGUCUGAGCCAUUAGAACUUGAAUAAACUGAUCAACUCCAACCUCGUAGAUAAUUUCUGAGGUUAAGCAUAUCUCACGUUAGCCGACAGGCAGGUAGUAGUAUAGUUUGCGGUAAGGUGAUAGCAUACUAACAGCAUGCAUAAAAUUCUCGGUCUGAGCCUAUAGACCUCGAAUAAACUGAUUUUCCCCAACUUCGUAGAAAAUUUCUGAGGAAAUAAAAGUGCGACAAAUGGGUCAGUUUAAUUAUGGUCAUAACAACGCAUAAGAGACAGCAGGAGCAUGACGAUAAUGGUCAUCUACUUUAUUUCCAGUCGUCAGUAUAAUAUGAAUAAGGUGGAUUUGUCCUACCUCUUUGCGGAGAAAGCUUAGCACUGUGGAGAAACACCCUACUUCAUUUUAUUCCUAAGAGGCACGUCAUGCUCUUUGGUUGUCUCGCGAUGCCAUGCGCACCCUCGCGUAGACGAGUUGGGCCCUUUUACUUAAGCAGGCAGGGGAAGAAGCAGCUAUUUCACGAGUAUUUGCGACCGUCAUCUAUUUCCAGUUGAAAUCGCUUCCAUUUCCGAUGCAACCUUUAGUCUCCUUGCCUUCAAACCCGAAAUAGCUAAAGGGCAGAGGCCGCUCGAGCCAACCUCACUAUUGCGCUUCCAAGUAGGGAGACGAAGAUGAAAUGAAAACUCUUCCGACGGCUUGCUGGCACAACUGUUGAUCGAAAGUGCAUUGGAGUGUUGCGUGACUUUGACGUGCGUCGUGCUCACGCAAAUUAGUCACUCCGUGGGCGCCACACAAGAACACGUGAUGAGGCGGCAAGCCAAUGACAACCUUUGAGCACGUGAGGUGCACUGGUGCAAGUGCUAAGGGGCCUGUGUGUGUAGUGUCGGCUCUUUUGUUGCCGCGGUGUGGCGGCUGCAAGCAGUCGUGGGACGCGUUACUACGUCACCUCCUAGACCUCCUUACUCCGAAGACAGUCAGUUAAUUAGAUCUCUUCAUAAUUCUGGAAUGGAUAUCACAGCCUCACGAAAGGCCAGUUUUCUCGAACUCCUUCGGGGGAUUUCAUAACUACCCUACUAUCAGGGACUUCAUUUGAUGCAUUACAUGCACUGUUUUCGAUGGCUGCCCGCGACCAUUGCCUUGAGCCCUAGAAAUUCCUUGUCGGUGAAGAGCGCACCCGAUCGGAAUGUCACUAGUUCUGCUUCGGACUGAGAGCGGAACAUCCUCAAUCCGUCGUAUUCGUCUGUGAAAGUUCACACCUAUCUCUGCAUUACGCCACGUGUUUUAGCAAAUAAACAGGAUGGUCCCAAGACGCCCGAAGUACUUGAUUAAGGAAAAGUCAAGUAACCAAACAUAAAUUUGUGUUGUUUGUCAUGUGUUCAGGUGGAAUACACAUACGCAAUAACGUAAUCGGCUUCAGCAUCCCAGAUCGUCCAAUUCCGAAUCAGUAGAUACGGCUUUGUUGAAAACUUGUCUGGCUACCCCCACCAAAAUCCUAACCAUCAACUUUGUUUACCUUGAACGCAGUGACGAAAGCAAAGGCCUAAAGAGGUGAUUAGCUUCAGUGUUAUUGGUUCGGGAGACAUAAUUAUAGGGUAAGCCGUAUGGAAGUGGCACUCACCGAUGUAUUCUGAUUUCAGGGUAGUAGUCGGAAAUUCUGUUAGAGCCUAAAGCACUAAGCCAAAGCCCUCGCAGACGGUCAUAACGACGAGCAGUCAGUAAGCUAGAUAUAUUAACUGACAGGACAAGGGAGGAUGGGAUGGCUACUUGUAGCCUAAAUGACGUCGUCGGGCAGUCAGCCAUACCCAGUCUCAGGAUGGAACACUCCCUCGAGGGUUCUGUACCACCAGAGCUGCAGGACAGAACAAAAUGUGUUAGUUUUGCCCUGUGUCUGGACCGGACCGGCGAGAGCCGCUGUGUUAUGGCCCUUAGUAUUCUGUCCUCGAUAGGAUUGGGUGUUUUGACAACGACAAAAAGGGCUCUGCUCAAACACGCAAGGUUUCAUGGUUUGGGCCGCCAGACGCUGGCAAAAAAAAUAAGAAACGGCUCCCACCAGUCCGCAUUGCUUUUGCACGUUUGAAUUUUUGAAUGACUUUAUUCACACAACACGGGCUUCUAGGCUAUUUUAGUUAUGCUUGUUCCCUUGCUGGCCGAGAAGCGAGUUUUCUAUUUAUCUUUUUUGAGUUGGAUUGAUAGGUGGUGCACAGACGCCUAGGUAUUUUCAGAAAUAAUUAGUCAACGAACGCCUGCCUUCUGUUUGUGAUUGAGGCCUAUUCUUUAGACACACAUCUCAAAUGUCGUUUAUCGCUGUGCGGGUAUAGUAUCCUAUGUGUGCCAUAUACAACCGAAAUGCCUGCAAUCUGGAAAACAAACAUGAACUUUACUUUCGCUUUGCGUUGGUUUAAUCUUCACUACUUUGAACUUAGUGUCAUCGUUUAAAGUCAUGCAUGGCAAGUCACAUGCGAGAUGUUAGAAUAUAGGCGUUUCUCCAAAUAAAUGAAGGAACAAUCAAGGCUUCAAAUUAAAGCCUGGGAAAGGAAAGAGAUAAGUCCCCAACUUCAAUUUCUCGAUCCGAAUAUCUAGGAAGAACGGAUAUUUUCGGUUAUGGAGAAAUCAGUAUGACCUCGUAGGUAUUUUCACACUUCAGGUGGCGACCCACAAAUGAUCGACAACUUAACUGGACAAUAAGCAUGGAGCACUUACCAAUUCACUGCUUAAACUUGAACAAUGAUGCAGUUACUUAUAAUUUGCUGAUUUCCGCUGGCCCGUGGUAGCACUCCACCCUGUGAGCACUAGGCCGACCUUCCUGUUCACACAAGUCAACAGCCGCUUGCGUCUUCUUCCUGUUUUGUCGGUACUGCUGGGGUUUGUAGUUGAAAGUGAACCUCUUACUUUCAUCUGAAACUUAGUAGACCUAGAUUUGUAUGAAAACAGAUGAAGCCGCUCCUUUUAGUUUUACAGGAAGGCUGUCAGCCCAAGCCUCAAAUAAGCAGCAGGGUUCACGAUAGCAGCUCGAUGCGCGGUGUCGCAGAUUUUCGGCAACUCAGCACAGCCGAGGCUUUGAGCACAGAAAUCCGGUCCUGUUUUACGACCCGCGCCGACGGAGAAUACAGUAACGAGUGGUCAUCACUAAAACAGCUGUCUAUGGGAUAGCUGAAAGGAUUCUUGGACACACCCAGCAGCGCCGCAGUUGUUGAAUCGGCGGAGGAACCUUGCAGCUGUCUGCCCAGACGUCUCGAACGAGGUCCCGCAACGAUGCUUCCUUCCGCCAGCUCCGGAAAUGACAGCAAAGUCGGCUAAGGAUGACCGUCUGAAACAGCGGCCUCCGUAGAUCAUGUCUCAAACGUUGGUGGCACUCAAAAACUCAAUUAACUUAUACGCCAAGUUAGUGGUAAACCCUCUGCACUGAAUGAGUGUGUUCGCGAUGCGAACGGCGGCUUUAUUUCUACCAAAUCGGCCAAGGCCAAUCGCUGACGUAAACACUUUCGCAACUUCGACGAGCAACCUAUCACGCCCUCGCUCUCCUCUGCAGCAGAGUUUUGUCCCUCUUCAGCUUUGCAGUGUCGUGAAAACCCCUUCUGAGGGAUAAGUUGCCAAUGCAAUACAGAGACUGUGCAACAACGAGGCACUCGAAGAGGCCGGUAUUCCUGAUGGACUUUACACGUCCUGUGUCGGCACACUGGCUCCCUACCUCCAUGCGCUGACUGAGUAAGCGUGGAGAGGUAAGGUCGUUCCUAACGAUUGCGGCUCAGACAGCCUUGUGUCUGUCUUCGAAAACGGACACAAGACAAAGUGCGAGAACUCCCGCGGCAUAAGCCUCAUCGACUUUGCUGGGAAGGCGUUUACUGUAGUCCUUGUCAGGCGAUUCCAGCCUCUGCGUGCCUGGGACAAGGCCCAACCACGUUGGAUUCUGUACUUGGCGUAGUUGCGGAGACCAGAUAUUCAUACCAAAGCGCAUUCUUGAAUUUCGUCCUGGUUAACAAUAACCGACGACCGUCUGCUCUUUGACUUUGCCGCUGCGUUCGACUCCGUCCAUCGUGGGUGUCCGCAACUUAAGCCGAUGAUAUCGCCUUGCUAGCCUCAAUAAGUGGUGAUCUGCAGUCUAUGGUGUCACGGGUGAAUGAAAUCGUUAAAUCCGUCGGUUUAUCCACAAACUCUGGGGAGGCCAGAUUGUUUUCGAGCUGCAUUCCUGAUCAGGAAAAGACACAACUCGGGAUUAAUAGGUGUUAGCUGGAAGUAGUAGACAGUUCCAAAUACUUCGGGAGAAGGGUUCAGUUUCAGUUUAUUUGAGGGAAAUAUGGGCGUUGAACCUUUGAACUCCCUAUUUGUUACAAGGAAGCGAACUAUAUCAAAAAUUUGAAAAUGGAAACAUCAAACGACUACAGAGUUUCUUUAGAUUGGCAAAGUUUUCGAAACCAGACAGAUGAACAAAUUGUUCCAAGAGUUAAAAACAUUAACGUUAGUAAAUGUGCUGUACAGUAGUCUGUCUAUGGAUAAUUGGUGUCAUCUUAGUUUCUGAGGGAGACUAAUUAAAUGCCUACACACACAUUCAACAGACAUGGGACUGUAAUAAAAAACAACCGUUACUGAAAUACAGGUAGUAAUGCAAUAACGUUAAUAAACUGUUCGAACGGAAUGCUAACACGAUGUUGGUCAGGUCACAUUAUGACGUUUAGUGGUACACUGGUCCAACUUGCGCUUAAAAGCCUCGACGGAGGUGGACAUGACGACCACCCACCCAACGUUCUGCGUAUUGCUGCCCUUAAUCCAGCGUCGUUUCUUAUCUAGAGGGGGUUAUCUCAAGACCUGGUGUGACAGUUCACCAAGACGUGUAGGUGGUCCUUGGGGCUUCGGUUUUAGAUCUCCGUCGCUGGGAUAGGGAAUGGGUUCAUCUCCUUAGAACUGCUGCCACAGAUUAUCACGCGUGGAGAGGUACAGUCUGCAACAUAAUCAAGGCCGGCUGAAUCAGGCGUUAUCACAGCCGCAUCAACUAUGAGUAGGAAGGAACAGUAGUGCGUAUAACGUGGGGGGAUUUUUUCGUCACAACCUCAACCUCGGUAAUAGCCAUGGGGAAAAACACUGAUCUUGCUGACUUCUUGCGACCGCAUGACGUCACUGCAUGCUUUAUCCUAUUUCGUCCCACAGCGACGUCUAUAGUACGGAUACCUUUCUAUGGUUUUAACUAGUAUCUGAACCCCUGCCAUUCGGAGUUUACCCAGUCGAUUAUUAUACUGACCACUUCGCCUGUCGUGAAUUAGCUCAGAAGGACCGUGCUGGUGUUUCCUACCAGCUGAUCGACCAAAAGUUUCUUGGGAAUAAAUGCGUUUAGUUAGACUUGUCUCUCUCGACGGUUCGUGCGCCCCGCCAUUUAGGAUCCGUCCAGCAGGCUUUCCACCAGAUUUUUUGAGGGGUGCUGGGUGUCUUCGAUCUUUUCUUUUGCAGCACUUUAAAAUUUCACACCAACCACUUUGAAGUUCUACCACUAACCCACCCUUCCCGUCAGCUGCUUGUCUGCACCAAGUUCGCGCACCAUAUCGCCUUUUACCAACGACACGAUUUGGUCUGAACUUUCGUCAGUGGCAGCAGCUUUUGUGAACUGGGGUCUCUCGGCUGGCAGAUUUCGUCAACAUCUCUGGGCGACGGACGUUUAGAUGUAGAGGCAGGACUCGCAAAGCAAAAACUUCGUGCUAAAUUUUGGCCAUUACCAAUACUUUACAUGAUCACUAAUGCCUUCUCUUCCAUUCUUCAUCCAACCCACAGUGCUGAAAAUAGCUCUGGUGGUCAGCCUCUGCCUGACCAUCUGCUCGUUCAUAAUUUCGCUCUGCGUGACACUAAAAGUGGCGAGCCAAGGUUCCUCAGAGUCGGAGGUCGUUACAAUGAGUAGGAUUGGUCACAACCCGGCGAACCGUCCAACGGCAACCGAGGAGAUCCCGCAGGCCACCACCUUGCCGCCCAAGUUCUCCUCCGUUGCAAUGCCCGCAAUUAGAGCCUUCAGUCUUCAUCGAACCACCAAGCCCAUUCAUUGA